AUGCGAAUUGCAGGACUCAGUGAACAUCGACACCUCGAACGCACAUUGCGGCCUCGAGAUCCCUUGUCUCGGGGCCCCGUCCGGUCGAGAGGCGGAAAAUGGCAUGUCUUCUCACUUGAUAGUCGAGAGGCAUGUCACCGUCCACCGCGUCGUUCUUUCUUCAUGAAAGAAUUGCCCGUUUCUCACGCGGAGGAAACCGGGACGUCGCAGGAGGAGCCUGCUGCUUCACUUCUCCUCCUUCGUCUCCCGCUUGAAGACCGCGGGGUCGCUUCCGUUACGACCGCGAGCAGACGUAGAUUGCAAGACGUUGACUACGGCCACGCGCAAACAGCAGCAGUGGUAGCACCAUCGUUUCGCUCUCGGAGGUCGAAAUACAAACCUUGGGCGUCUCGAAGCCAGUCUGUGCCGCCGCCGCCGCCGUUUUCUGCCGUCACUGUGCGUGGUCGCGUUUUGCCUUACCUCAAACACACCGCCGCCCUCGGCUCGGACGAGACGACCCGCUGA